AUGAUAUCCAAUAGAAUUUCUUCUUGGUUUCUGAUUACUAUUGUCAUCACAUUCUUCAUUCCAAUUACUUUACAAAAUAAUGAAGAUGCUGAACAGGAUGCAGUAUUCCAGAAUUUAAGACGACAUCACAUACGUGGACAAACUCACCGAAAACGGACACCCGUAUGUGUAAAUGGCAAACCAGAAGGAGACAAAUGUGCUUGUGAACAAGACUAUGUAGGAAGACAUUGUGAAAAGAAGAAGCAUUGUGCUACGUUUCGCAGAUACAGAAACGGAUCCUGUCCUAUCUGCGAGAAUGGCUACACUGGAGAGUAUUGUGAAGUAUUAAAUUGUGUUCACGGACACUUGAACGAAAUCGCCACGGAAUGUAUUUGUGAUAAUCCUUAUAGCGGUACAUUCUGUGCAGAUCUGAACACAAGCAAAGUGUAUGGAUUUUACAAUAGAAAGGUAUAUUGGUUAGGUCCACUUGGUGCUCUAUCACUGAUACCUAUGUGUGCUUUAUACUUGGGAUGCGAAUACAUGGCACAGAAGCGUCAGGUGAAACGUGUUGGACAAAUGUUAGGCGGUCAGAAUAUUAAUGUCAAAGACAAGACAUUACAACAUCUUCUCAUGUCGUAG